CUCGUCGCCAAUCCCGUAUAAGUAUACGCUAUUUUAAGUUUCGAUUUGAUAUCGUAUCGAUUUGAUCCAUCCAUUUGAUGACAGGUAAUUAAAGAUACCAUCAGAUGAUUUAAUGAAUAGCCCCAACAAAUUAAACUUUUUUCAUAAAAUCACGUUGUCCUACUGUACGUUAUCAUACCAGUUGCGGCGGGUUAAUUUGGUUCCGCCCAUUGCGCGUUAUUCUUAGCUUUAGCAUCAGCCAAGGUAAACAGCGGAAGGAAUCGGGCGACUGAGGAAAAACCUCCUACGUCUGUCAAUCGGACAGACCGGGAAGUAUGGCUAAGUCUGGAGUGAAAUCAAGUAGCACCAGGAGAGAAGUAAGAGAACUGAAGGAUUUUCUUGCAGAGAAUGUCAAACCUUGGUUUGAUCAGGAAGCACAACAUGGAGAUCCAGAGGCUCCUGGUAUCCCUAUGCGUGAAAUCCGCCAUCAUCUUGACCAAACCGGAGUGAUGGAUCGCAUACCUGACUCCAGCAAGCAGCGUAUGAUAGAGAGAUAUGAUCUCAACCAGGAUGGACUAUUGUCAUAUCCUGAAUUUGAAAGUCUGAUUGUUAAUGAACGGCAGCGACUGGAUGUGCAUAAACUAACAGGUUAUCAAAAGUUUGUUUUGGGUCUAGUGAGUACUGUUGUGCCAGAGAGCGCAGUCAAGAAGUCGCUGGAAAGCUAUAUAGAAGCAUAUGACUGCAAACCACCUCCACUAUUCAUCAUCUUUGUCAGUCUGUUAGAGAUCAUCAUAUUCAUAGUGUAUGCAGUGGAGUUGAAGGACACACAAUAUGCAGUGACUGCAGCCUCUGGCUUCCCCCCUUACAGUCCUCUAAUAUAUAACCCUUUUAGAAGAUAUGAAGUUUGGAGAUACUUGACAUAUAUGUGUAUACAUGUGGGGUACACACACCUCAUCUUCAACCUAGUAUUUCAGCUUAUACUAGGCAUUCCAUUGGAAAUGGUCCACAAGUGGUGGCGGAUGAUGAUAGUAUAUUUCCUGGGUGUUAUAGCUGGCUCUUUAGCCCACUCAGUAACAGAUCCAUCCUCCUUCCUGGCUGGGGCAAGUGGGGGAUGUUAUGCACUCAUUGGUGCUCAUGUGGCAGCCAUUAUUAUGAAUUGGGAGGAGAUGCAGCACAAGUGGAUGGAGGGGGCUGGGUUCAAAGCUGUGGUUAGAAUUAUACUAAGUGCACCCGUCAGGCUGCUAGUUAUAUUUGUGUUUGCUGCUACAGAUACAGGUCUUGCCAUAUGGAAAAGAUAUUCCGAGGAAGAAGGAAUGGAUGAACGAAGGGUCGGGUAUGCCGCCCAUUUUGGAGGGGCCUUAGCAGCUGGGGUAGACAUAGGUCUUGCUGUGUACAAUCGUUAUGCCUCAAGUACAAAAGAAAAUGUUGGCUACGCUGCUCACUUUGGGGGUGCUCUAGCUGGUGUUCUAGUGGGGAGCAUAGCUUUGAAAAACCUGGACAAGAAGCCAUGGGAGGUAAUAUUAUGGUGGGUCUUCCUCGUCAUCUACCUGCUUCUGGUUGCCUUUGCUGUCUUCUGGAAUGGCCUUUACCCAGGAUUCCCUGAGACUGACUGGGAGCCAUGUUGUUCUAGUAGUUAAAAGAUCCAUGCAGUAAUGAAUGGAACAGGACUACCAAAGAGUGACUGGACACCAUGUUGUAGUGUAUGAGAAUUUUUCACACACUUUACUCUGUCUUAUCCUUUUUUAAGAAUUAUUACAAUAUUUGGCCAUCUCAAAAAA